AUGGAUCCUAAUAUACCUCCGAGGACACCUCUGUCCCCGGCGACCGCUUCCACAAUCAGUGACCUCAAAUCCCGCCGCGAUUCUUUCAACUCCAUCUCAACUACUUCUCAGGUAGACAAGGAGCAUAUGGCCCAGGCGCUGGACAAGAUACAUACGUCUGCUAGCCAGUCAGGUGUCUUGACCACAUUCAACGACUUCGCCCCGCCUCCUGCCUCCGCUCCCAUAGAAGGCAAAGGCUCUCCUGGCGACCUGGUGCACCAGGGUAUCAGCGGGCUCUACAGUCGCUUCAAAGAGGCUGUCGGUGUGGGUGGCAAGACAGCGUUGCAAGAGCCGGAAGUCAUUGAACGCAACGAAGGGCUAUCCAGAAAGGGCAAAGCAUCCGUUGCGUCUGUGAGAAGCGUCGAGGGUAUUGCGAGUAAUUUUCCCGACCACGCACCAACCGCGACAUCCUCACAUGUAACGAUACCAGCCGAAGGCGUCUCCCAGCCUGCACAGUCAUCCAAGGCCUCCUCCAUUACAACUACUAGCACAGCGAAAAGCGCGCCCAGCCUCCCGAAGAUUGUGAAGGGGGCUGCUCCCUCAGUUGCCGCAACGGCUGUAGCACCAAUAACAGUCAGCGCUUUCAAGGAUAAAGAUGCGACGCGAGGGGUCACGAGUCGUGUCGAGGAAACUGGCAGGCGAAGCAUCAACCAAAUGCCUGAGUUGAGAACCACAAGUGCCUCUGGAGGCUCAAGUGUCUAUGAUCCAUCAGAAACCCGGCAUCUCUCCCAUGGUGACAUGAUGGCCAAUCCCAGAGCUACCCGCAGGGACGGUUCCUUCAGUCAUGAUGCUGCCUCAGAUGACACUUCCUUGAGUCUUGUCAAGUCGAAUUCGACAGCUGGUGGGCUUGAAAUUCCCCGCUUGCGUCAACCAACAGACGGCCUCAAGAAGCCAGCCGUGAUAGAUCGGAUAAGUCGGUCCAGAACAUCAGCCGAGAUUCAUUCCAGAUCGUCGUCCAUAGAAGGAACCGCUGAGCCAAGCCCAAUCAAUAUGUCAGCGCAUGGUUCCGUCUACCACGAGUCCUUUCGCCACAACGAACGGCCAGAGCAGUUCCAUGGCGGCGGUAUCAAAAUCCCGGGCACGACCGCUGUCGAGGGGCCUCCUGGGGGCGUCAGCAACCGGCUAGAAAUGAUGAGGAAGCAGGUUCUCAGCAAGGAGUUCUGGAUGGCAGAUGAGACGACCAAGGAAUGUUUCCAAUGUGGUACGCCUUUCUCUGCUUUUCGGCGUAAGCAUCACUGCCGCACCUGCGGCUGCAUUUUUGACUCCAAGUGUACCUCAACUAUACCUGGUCAGAGAUUCGGUGUUGCAGGCACCCUACGAGUCUGUAAGACUUGUCUAGAUGUCAUAAACAGCAGGUAUGACAGCGGGUCUGAUUCGGACAACGACUCCUAUCUACCUGCCAUCUUUCGAUCAAAUCCUCUGAAGCCUGCCCCGUUUGCAAAGGCGAAUAUGGACGACAACAUGAGCAUAUCUGAGAGGCUAGAGGACCACGACGACAACAGAAUGGCAACAGCUCCAAUGAUGGCAAUUCCGGCCAUGAGGAGAACCGGGGGUGAUUCCGCAAACAGGCGCUCUGCAAUUCUUGAGAUUGACGCUGCUCCACAACUAAGCCGGCCGAGCUCAUCGCGGUCUCUGAGAUCCUUAGCAGCGAGCAGACCGCAGUCUUCCGGCCACAGGAGGCAUCAUUCAAAACACAAUCUAUUGAACCGGUUGAAGGGCUCUCCAGUACAAGACGACUCCGCGCCCUUUCGCAAAUCGGCCAACGAGGAAUUGCAAAGAAAGCCUAAACUGCCGGCCUUCCAUGAUGACAACAUCAUUGAUCCCGAACUUGCUCCAUACAUGUCUGACGAAUCGAGCGGUGAUGAACAGCAGAUGAGCAUAUUUGCCACCAUGAACACCAGCGACAUAACCCCAUCUAGUCUCGACCCUGACAAGUCAAACUUUGGCCCAUUUCUGAACGCAGGCCGCAGGCACAAGGUUCGAGGUGAGAAGAGCAUCAGCGGCAUGAGCUUCACCAGCCGCGGACCACCAGAUGAUGGAAAUGCCGGUGUCACGGUGAUAAACCAUGGGAGGUCAGGUCGCCGCAGGAAUAUGAGUACCACGAGUAAUACGGCCCAUCAUCUUCGAUCGCCUCGCCCCAGAUCUGGGAUCUUCAAAGGUCCGGGCGCAUCAACUGAGUCGCUUGCAAUAUUUGAUCCGACAACACCAAUAGAGCCAACAUCGUUGAUGAGGAGCAAUACCAUUCGGAAGAAGUCGACACAAGAUGAUGAGCUACCAGCAGCCAGCUUACAGCAUGUCCAGACUCUUUUCGGUCAAUUGCUUCAAGACAAUGACAUUCAAAACCCUCUUGCCUGGGAAAAAGCCCUCAUACCAAUCCUUGUUCGAUGCUCAAAUGACGUAGACCCCGACACUCGGACCGGCGACUUGAUGGACAUCAGGCACUACGUUAAGCUGAAGAAGAUUCCAGGCGGUAAACCUAGCGACACCAGCUAUGUCUCAGGGGUCAUUUUCACCAAGAAUCUUGCCUUGAAGAGCAUGCCCAGGAGGAUUCUCAGUCCUCGCAUUGUCCUCGUGUCCUUCCCUAUCGAGUAUCAACGUCAUCAGCAACAACACUUCAUGAGCUUGCAGCCUGUCAUUGAGCAGGAGAAGGAAUUUUUGCGCAUGGUAGUGAACCGCAUUAUCAAUCUUCGGCCUCACGUACUGCUCGCACAUAAAUCCGUCUCAGGCGUCGCCUUACAGUAUCUUUCCGAGGCUGGUAUAGCUGUCGCAUACAACGUCAAACUUGCAGUUAUCGAAGCUGUGUCGCGAUGUGCCAAGGCAGACAUCAUCGAAACCUUGGACAUGCUGGUUCUUCCAACUCAAGUCGGCCAGGCUGGUGGAUUCGAGGUCAAAACCUAUGUGAACAAUAGCUUUCCAGGCCGGAAGAAGACCUACAUAUUCAUUUCCGGCUGCAAGAAAGAGCUGGGCUGUACCAUCGCUCUUCGAGGUGCCUCCACGGAAGUCCUCGACAAGAUGAAGAGUGUCACGGAGUUCAUGAUCUACGUUGUCUACAAUCUAAAGUUGGAGGCCGCGCUACUGCGGGAUCACUUCGUGUACAUGGGUACGGACCCAGAUACGGCACCUACGCCGACACCGUCGAAAGAUGGUCUGGGCCAAAGUCUCAGGUCACUACCGAGUUUUGAGAACAAGAGUACGUUGGGAGCUCUAUCAACGAACGGCGACCAACCUGUGGACACCGAACAAAGUACACAGUCUCAAGCUGAAUCCGACCCCAAGACGGAGGACAGCCAGUCUGCUGAUGCUUUGCCACCUCAACCUCCCGAGAAGACCCCAAGUAUGCUAUCACUACACUCCGCUCAUUCGACACACGACAGUCAUAUUCCUGAAGAUGUGCCAGCGCCACAAUUCUACAGUGAAAUGGUUGCGAAGUACGAGACCAAAAUCCUAUCUGCGUCGCCAUUCGUCAAGUUCACGCAGCCCUACCUACUCGUCAAGGCACGAGAACAAGAACGCCGACUGGUGUAUCUGAAGCGGCUGCGCGACCAAGAUAUGGUCGAGGAACUCGGAGAGAACGAUCAGGCAAAGCCGCAAAAGUUCCAACUAAUCAAACCAGAAAUGGUGCACAAGAUCGGACAGAAGGCUCCUCGGCAGAUAAUGGAAGUCCUCCACGCAGUCCAUGACGCGGAGUACGACAAGGCGCUGUACAACUACAAAACACAAACUCGUCAGUGGGAAAACUUCAUUGCAGGUGCCCUUGACCUCUUUGACCCUUGCUCGCACCAGAACAUCGUCGUUCUUUAUUCCGUCAUCUGCACAGAAACGAAGAUUCCCUGCUCCGAGCCUGGACUCAUCGCCUUUGGCUUUUAUCACGAUGACCCUGCCGACAAUAUGGACCCGGAUUGCACUCUGGGCCAAUACAUCGAGGACCUCUGCGGAAGUGCUGAUUCCAUAUGUCACGCUAAUGGCUGUGAUCGUCAGAUGGCUCAACAUCACCGUACUUAUGUCCACGACGAGGCACACAUCACCGUCUUCAUUGAGAAGAAUGCGCCUCUCCCUUUCGACCCCACUUUACUGAAAAAGGAUGAGGUGAUUCCGCAAGAUGAGGACGAUGUAGAUGAUCCCAUCUAUCUCUGGAGUUAUUGCAAGAUUUGCAAGAAAGACAUGGGUUUUGGGUCUUUGUCACCUACUGCGAGAAAAUACUCAUUUGGAAAAUACCUGGAGCUAUCGUUCUGGGGCCGAGGACUCAAGUGUUGGCCGGACCUGGAGUGCCCACACGAUUACCAAAAGGAGCAUAUCCGCUACUUCAACUACCAUGACACGUCCAUGAGGAUUCACUUUGACCCUAUUGAUCUCCUUGAGAUCAUAGUGCCGCGCACCCGCAUCACGUGGAAAGUAGACAACGAUCUGAGGUUGAAAAAUGACAUUUUCACCAAGGAAGAGCAAAGGUGGAAUCGGUUCAUGAACUCGGUCAAAACCAGGCUCAAGAGCAUCCGCAUUGACAGCGUCCUGCCAGAAAAGGCGGAUACCUGCAGGGCCGAAAUCGAAAGGCUGACUAGGAAAGCCCAAGAGGACCAGCCAAAGAUGAUUCGCGAGUUACAAGCCACGUAUAUCAACUCGGCAUAUUACGAAGUCAUUCCGCUCAACCGCAUUGUCCGCACAAUGAUUGAGAGAGUCGCAGAGUGGGACUCUUCCUUUGCCAAGUUCGAGGCGGACUUCCUAUCCGAUAAAGAUGUCAGGCAAAUAACCAUCAAUCAAUUGAAGAAAAUGUUCUCCGACAACGACUCCAAAGAGUCUCUACCUAUUUCUGCGGAUGGGACCAGUAUUGCCUCAGCGGAUACGGAUGAGAAGACCUCCCCGCCGACAACUCAGAAUUCAGUCGAAAUCAACGAGAAAGUCCACAGUGAGCCGCACUUGCCUGCAACAUCACCGAAAGCAGACGAGCUCCUGGACAAAGCUGAAGAUACGGUAGAGGGGAAAAGGACAGACCAUGAUGACACCGAGACACCAAAACCGGAGGUCGAGGUUCCAGCUCCAGCUCCGCUCAGCGAGCCUUUGCCGCCCAAGGAUGAAGCAGCGCAAGAUCACGCAGCUGAGCAAGAUGGCACCAGCAACAUCGAAAAUGACGCAAUCAAGGAAGACCCAGCUCUCGAAGAGCCACGGGUGCCUCAAGUGGAAGCAGGCGAGAACAAGCCAGAUUCACUGCCGCCCACAGAAACCCUAGACACCGAGACGUUGCCGGUCACCCAGAUCCCAACUCCAGUGCAUUCCAAAGCACCUUCUCGGAACCAUUCACGGUCCACUUCUUUACGGCCCGAUUCCUCGUUGUCACUAACGGAGAAAGUGGAGCAGUUACGGCGCCAGCAACGAGAAGCUGUGGCUGCAGAGGCAAGCAAUGGCAGAGAAGGCAAAGAUAUUCCGAAGGUAUCAGAGCGGGGCCCGUCCCGUAGAGCGGGAUUGACCGUUUCACCACCUAUCACUCGUGCCAUCUCUCAACCAAUAGGUGUUCUCCCCAGAACGCAGUCAGGAAUUGGCAGGCCACUUCAGGGCAAUGUGCCUAAGAGUGCUGAAUUGCCUCCGGGAGGAGACGUUCGGCGUAUAUCAAACGCCGAGUCCUCGAAGAGCGACAAAUCCAAGCUUUCGGAUAGAUUUGGUCUCUCGGCUCUCAAGACCAAGAAAGCCGGGGGCUCCUCGAUCCCGCGGUACGUUCACAAGAGGAAGGAGACCAAGGUAUCGAACCUUGCUCGGCACUUUGAGCAACUGAGUCGUGAGUUCGAGAGGGAGCGCAUCCGCGAUCGCAAGCAGAGAGCCGCCAAACUGCAAUCUUCUCGCGCAUUCCUGCCACGUACUUCGGCGAAGGCAAUAGUAGAAGUCUACGACGAUGUGGACCAGGCUGUCUUGGAACCGGGGCCGUCGGAUGACGAUCAUUUGGUGGGCAGCCAACAGAGCCACGCCAAGACGACAGAGUCCACCCUAGACGAUGCAACAACAGCGCCCGAAUCUCAAAGAACGUCGGAUGAGACCGCUGCUGGUAAUGAUACGAUCGGGACGGCCGAGCCUACUUCCCAGCCCGACAGCACCGGCGCUGAGCAUGAUAACGAGAAGAAGACAGUCAGUCAAGCUGGCUCUGACGAUGAAGUUGAAGGCGAAGUCGAGGGCGGUCCCGGUAGCGAUGUCGAGGGCUCGCUCCUCGAAGAAAUCCUGCCCGACGUGCAAGAAAUCGCGGAUUCGCUGGACUCAAGCGAGGAGAUACCUCUUGAGUUGCCAAAACAUCAGAAAACCAGUCUCAUGAAGAUGCUCACCACCUUCUGGGCCGAACGCUCUGCAAGUGGCUGGCCACAGCUUGAUUACCCCAUGAACUUCACCGAUCACAUCUUCACUGAUUCUGACGUGAUCGUAAGAGAGGAUGAGCCCAGUUCUCUUAUCGCCUUUGCUUUGGGAUCUGAGGACUACAAGGCCAAGCUGGCGGUCAUUCAACGGCAGUGGAAAAUGAGUGAGCAAAAGGACAGCGAAGGUGAAGCAUUCAGCGACACGAAGUCCCUCGACCCAUCAGAACUUGGCGACGAGUUCAUGGGUGAAGAGGAACUGGAAAAGAGCCUGCUGCGUGCCACAGGUACACAUCUGAAGUACCAGUUUACAGAAGGCUCGGCGAAGAUGCUCUGCAAGAUCUUCUACGCGGAACAAUUCGACGCCUUGCGCCGGAAGUGCGGUGCCGCGGACCGCAUCAUCGAGUCUUUGUCGCGUUGCCUCAAAUGGGACUCCAAAGGCGGCAAAACGAAAUCGGUAUUCCUGAAGACCCUCGACGACAGGCUUGUGAUGAAGUCUCUGUCACCAAUCGAGACGUCCGCGUUCCUACGUUUCGCACCAGCUUACUUCAACAUCAUGGCAGAGGCCUUGUUUCACGACCUGCCAUCGGUAAUAGCCAAAAUGUUGGGCUUCUUCCAGGUGAUCGUCAAGAACCCAGCAACUGGGACUGAGAUCAAGCUGGAUCUGCUGGUGAUGGAGAACCUGUUCUAUGACCGUUCGCCAACGCGCAUCUUUGAUCUCAAGGGAUCUAUGAGGAACCGCAAGAUCCAGUCCACUGGCGAGCAGAAUGAGGUGCUCCUGGACGAAAACAUGGUCGAGUACAUUUACGAGAGUCCACUCUUCGCGAGGGAGCAUAGUAAAAAGCUCCUGAGGGCUUCUGUCUGGAAUGAUACGCUCUUCCUUGCAAGACAGAAUGUCAUGGACUACUCGCUCAUGAUCGCAGUCGAUGAGUCCCGUAAGGAAUUGGUCGUUGGCAUCAUUGACUGCAUUCGUACGUACACCUGGGACAAACGUCUCGAGUCGUGGAUCAAAGACCGCGGAUUCGCCGGCGGUGGCAGGAACAAGCCGACGGUUACCUCACCCAAGGAGUAUAAGAGCAGGUUUAGGGAGGCCAUGGCGAGGUACAUACUGCAGGCGCCGAACUGCUGGCACCACUUUGGUGGUCCGGGUCACGGUGGGAUGGAGAGGGGUUUACUGGAAGGCCCAAGGUCGGCUUUUGAAGGGGAUGCUUGA